AUGGCGUUCCGUCAGCAAGGGAACUCAACAGCGACCACUCCGGUGAGCAAAAUGAUGCGUGGAUUGGGAGAAGUGAGCCUUCAAGGAAAAACACCAGGAAGCGCGGGCAAGAAUCGAGCACUUUUCUCGAAAACACCAACAAAUGGUGGAUUGAAGAGGGCACCAUUGAAUCGGCGGGACAUAACUCCAUCAAGAGCAGCCAACAAUGUAAGCUGUGCAAUGAAGUAUGGAGGUGAUCGGAUGAUUCCAUCAAGAAGUGCCAGCCAACAAGAGCUCGCCAGCUUCCUCAUGAGCCAGAGUAUCCCGAAUCAAUCCCUGAACACGUCAAAAAGUGCUCCCUGCAGUCCGUCAAAAGAAGAACUCGACAGGAUAAAAUUUAUGAAGAUGAUGCGAACAAAAUCUUCUACUGAAAUGUGUGAUGCGGAAGACGAAGAUAGAAUCCUUGUUUUUCGAAAGAACAAUGCUCCCUUGCCUCCUGUCGGUCACAUGAAUGCAAAAGUGCUCUACACGACUUGUGUUCAACCAUCAUCGACUGUAAAGAAAGCGUCGAGACAAAUUCCAUCUUCCGCUGAAAGAAUUCUCGAUGCUCCAAACAUUAUUGAUGACUUUUACACAGAGCUGAUUGACUGGGAGUCAAAUAAUGUUCUUGCUGCUGUUCUUGGUUACGAAGUCUAUCUAUGGAAUCCCGACACUGGAGAAAUUGGGCUUCUGGCUGAAGCAAACGAGAAUACGGAUCUUAUAACUGCGGUAAAAUGGGCAGCCGAUGGAAGGUUUCUUGCCGUCGGCGGAGAUACUGGAAGGGUUAAACUAUACGAUCCUACUAAAAAUAAGGAGUUGCGAAAACUCGAUGCCGAACGUGUUAGUAGAGCCACAUGCAUGGUCUGGAAAGAUCAUAUUUUGUCGAUUGGAUAUAAAAGUGGUCAAGUCAUUUCUCACGACGUCCGAAUAAAAAAUUCGGUUGUUGGUGUGCUUGAUGGGCAUUCACAGCCAGUUUGUGGUAUUCAUUGGUCAGUCGAUGGAUCUCAAUUGGCCACAGGUGGAGGGGACAAUCUCGUCAACAUUUGGGAUGCCCAACUUCUCAACACACGGGAUCAGGAUGAUCCUCAUGUGCGCUUAUGGGACUCCCAAACCGGCACGCUAACAAAAACCUUGAAAGUUGGAUCACAGGUCACAGCCAUUCGAUUCAAUAAAGACUAUAACGAGAUGGUUGUCGGACUUGGGCGAACUUCGAACGCUAUCAAAAUCUUCAAGCAUCCUUCUUAUACUGAGAUCGCCAAUAUUGCUGGGCACACUGACCGUAUUUUGGGCUUAUCGAUGUCUCCUUGUGGUCAAUACGUAAUUAGUGCAAGCGCUGAUGAAUCUCUCCGUUUGUGGCACUUUUUCAAAGUCGACAAGAGCACACAACUGCUGCAACACAAAAGAAGCAAAUUUUCCACACUUGAUGCUUUACGU